AUGGGUUUGUGCAAAUGUCCAAGGAAAAAAGUCACGAACCUUUUCUGUUUUGAACACAGAGUGAACGUCUGCGAGCAUUGCUUGGUAGAAAACCACCACGAUUGCGUUGUUCAAAGUUAUCUCCAAUGGCUCACUGAUUGUGACUUCGAUACGAAUUGCCCAUUAUGCGAAAAACCACUGGCUGAGGCAGAAACUAUUCGUCUUCAGUGUUUGCAUCUGCUUCAUUGGUCAUGUCUUGAUCAGUGGGCUCAACGUUUUCCUGCAACUACUGCACCGGCUGGGUAUUGUUGCCCUUUCUGUCGGGAGGCUUUGUUUCCUGCGACGAAUCAGACUUCUCCGAUGAUUGAUGAACUUCGUGCUAAACUUCAACAGGCAAAUUGGGCGCGAGCAGGAUUAGCACGUAAAAAAUAUGCUGGCGCUUCUGAGCUCGAUAUGCAGCCACUUCUGGCGAAAUCCAAUGAUGGUGAUGCUGACAGUGAACAGAACAAGUAUAAGAGACGGCCAGCAAGAGAAUGGCUUAGAGGGAUAUGGAAUGCGAAGUAUGGCAGUAGUUCGCGGAAACAGUUUGCUGGAUGCAAAUUAGUUUUAAUAGCUGUAUUCUUUUUUAUGCUAAUGUUGGUUACUGUAAUUGUUGUUCUAACAAGUGCUGGGACUGGUGCAGAUAAUGAUCCUUUACUUGAUCCCAUGAAUAAUCCCAAUAUUCGUGUUGCCAUAGAUGGCAUGAGCAAUUCAGUCCAAUAA